CACGCUCCAACAAGCUAUUUCACAUUUUAAUCAUGAACAAAGAUAAAGUGGCCACUCAGCAUUUCACUAACACCCAAUAAGCUUCAUAUAAUGUUUCCUAUACAUACAAGGUUGUCUGAGCCAUAACAACUGUCUAUAAGAUAAGUUGUACAUGAUCAUGCUUUGGCCCUGCUGAAGCUGAUUGUAAGAAUAAGAAUGGAAUGGAAGAAAGGCUACCUGGACCUUAUAUUGGUGCCCUUAGCCCUUAUGUGUGGUUUGGUGUACCACUUUUUGCUCUGGUACAGAGUUAAAAACCAUCCUCUUCAGACUACCAUUGGAGUUAAUUCCAUUGGGAGAAGGAUAUGGAUGCAAAGCAUGAUCAAGAACAAUGAAAGGAACAAUAUCAUCGCAGUUCAAACCCUACGAAACAGCAUAAUGGGAUCCACCUUGAUGGCAACAACAUGCAUUCUUUUGUGUUCAGGUUUGGCAGCCAUGAUCAGCAGCACAUACAGUGUGAAGAAGCCUCUCAAUGACAAAACCUACGGUGCUCAUGGGGAACUGAUGGUGUCCCUCAAAUAUGUCACCAUUUUGGUUGUUUUUAUCUUCUCCUUCUUCUGUCAUUCUCUCUCCAUACGUUUCCUGAACCAGGUCACUUACUUGGUCAACACCAUACAAUGGCAGUCGCCUGUAGUAACUGCUGAUUACGUGUCUGAACUGUUUGAGAGAGGGUUCAUUUUCAACAACAUUGGGAAUAGGCUAUUCUACUUGGGGUUUCCAUUGCUUCUUUGGACUUUUGGACCUAUCCUUGUUUUCGUGUCUUCGGUGGCAAUAUUGCCUGUUCUGUAUCAUCUGGAUUAUAUCUUUGUUUCCAAGGUUACCACCAAAGAUGUGGGUGACCAACCAGAAAAUCAUGAACAUUUGAACAUAUUAUGAAAGUUGAGCUGUUUAUGAAUUGUCUCAAAUGGUGUAUCAACAGUUUCUCAAAAUAUUAUUUUGUUAAGUUGAGCAAUGAUAACUAGCUGGUUUUGAUUUUGAAGUUAUGUAUGUUUUGUAAAGUUAGGUAUUGAUACAUUUGAUUGUAAUUGAUUUUUGAAUUCAA